UAUUACACGCUUGCUGAGUGUUGCUGUAUAAUGUACCGCUCCUUAAAUCCAUUUUGGAGUUACAACUUAAUUAAAAACUUGGACCAAAUUUUAAGCCCGGAUGUGAUUUUACAACUAAACUACAGUGGGUCCAAACAUAAAUAUGGACUCGCCAAUUUCCACAACUUAAAUUCAGUCCUGCAAGAAUCACAAAAACGGGAAGGAUAUUCCUUAUUGGAAUAUAUAAAAGACGUCCGGUUGGCCUUUAUGCGCCAAAAAAAUAAAAUAUAUAAGGGGAAAAGCGCAUUAAAGAAGGCCCACCCGGAGCCAGGAGCCGAACCGUACGAUUCUGACUCUGAAUAAAAAUAAAUAAAUAAAAAUAUGAAAUUGAAA